CCAUGGCAGAGUGGUUACAGUCGAAAAUUGUUCGUCUAGGCGAACUAAACUCAGUGGAAGAGAAAAAGGAUAUCCUAUCAGAAAUAAGAAUCAAGUUGGGAAGUUUAAAUACUAGAGAAUCCGAGCAGAUCGCUCAGAAUUUGAAUUUCAGUCAAUUCUUUACACAACUAACCUCGAAUGACAGAGAGUUUGUAAAUCAAUUAUGCGACAUUUUGAAGACAUUGUUUGCUCUGCUGGAGCCUGGAGAAAUAUAUCAAAGAUAUUCAACUGAAUUCUCUCAAUUGAUAAGUCAUUCUGAUGCCAUAGUUAGAUCACUUGUAUUACAUGAAAUUUUAUGUAUUGCAUCUGAUCCACACAAAGUGACAAUGUUGCUUACAGACAUUAGUUUACUUGUUGCUGUUAUAAAUAGAAUUGCAGAUGACAAUUUAAUGGUAGCCAAGUGUGCUAUGUGUAUAAUGAAAGAGAUUGGGAAAAAUGCAAGUGGAUUACAAAUUAUAUACACUGGGGAGUUAUUAAGGAGUUUUGCUAGAUUUGUAGUAAAAAAUGACACAAUCAGUUUCCGUGUAUAUGAAGUUAUUGCAGAUAUAGCAAAGUCUUCGAAGCAAGGCCUGGAAGCUUCAGCUGAGUCAGGAUUUUUAAAUAGUUUAUUCAAUAUUUUGGAAAGCGAUGAUAUGUUGCUUCAAGUAUCUACGUUAGAAAUUCUGACACAAUUGGCAUUGACGGAGGAAGGAUUGAGUUACUUGGAACAGCAAGAAGUGUUGAGGAAAUUGGUUCAGAAGAUAGCUCAAGCCAACGAGAAUCCACUGUCAAAUCUGUUGAUCCCUGGGUUAAUGAAGUUUUUUGGGAAUGUCGCACGUCUUUGGCCUAAUGAGAUUUUUUCAAAAUAUCCGGUUGUAGUCUCUGCAUUGUUUGAAGUAAUAGAGAGCGAGGAUCAGGCUAUCCUUGGUGUUGCAUUAGAUACAUUGGGAAAUGUUUCUGUAACCGCUGAAGGUAAAUAUGCUCUACAAGCUCUAGGAGAUGCAAUGCCAUGUGCCUUAAAGAAAAUCGCAGAAAUCAUACAAAAAAUGCCUGCAGCGUUAAGAAUUCGCGGGCUGAAUAGUUUGACUCUCAUACUCGAUGUGCAAAAGACAGAGCAGGACAACAGAAUUUUAUCAUUAACGAAGUCGUGGUUCGAUUGUCUUUGCGACGAACCAUUGGCUAUGAUUUUAGGAUUAUGUAGGCAACCAUUCGCGGAUAUUAGACACGCAGGCUUAGAAGUGUUGGCGGUUGUAGCGUCGCAGGUGUGGGGUCAAGAGUACAUAUCCGUUUUUCCAGGUUUUAUAGAGUUCUUAUUGGAUAGAAAUAUCGAGAGUUUCAAGGAGUGUAAAGAAGCUAAAUAUGAAGUUAUUAAACGGCUGUCUCAAGCAGAAUCAAAUAUAUUUGAUGCAGGCACGAUGCAGAAGUUAGUAGAGUUCAUGAAUCGAGGGCCCCACUAUGUUGAAAUCCCUACUGAAGUUGCGACAGAUGGUGGCCUAUGAAUCCAUUACUUUGAUCUUUGUUACUAUAUUAUAAUAUUAAGAAUCAUCAACGACUGCCUGAAACAUUAAUUAGAACCCAAUAUAACUUUGUAACAAAAAGUGUAUACUACUUACUCGUACAUUUUAUACACAACAGCAAAGUGCGAAGUACCAUCUUUCGGGAGACGAGAGUAAAGAAGUAUACAAAGACAAAUAAUUUAUUUUAUAUAUGUAACAAUACAUAGAAAAGUUAACGCUACAUGUUUUUGCAAUAACGCAAAGAAUUCAGGUGACUCGCGACACCAUGUUUGUAAUUCGUCGUUGUUCUCGUUCGAUUCGUAAUUAUAUUCUCUUUUUUACAUCAAUUACUUAUAAUAAAGACGUUUAUAA